AUGCCUCAACCUGAAAUUAUUAUUUUAUCUAAAACAAUAUAUUUUAUAAUUAUUAUAUUAUUUUAUUUAACAAAUUUAAAUUUAUCACAAGAAACACUUUAUAAUUUGCCACCUUUACCUGAUGAGGAGAAUCAUUAUUUAUUAAAUCCCCCUAUAAUAUCAUCAACAAAAAAAAUACCAUUAUCAACUAAUAAUAAUAAUAUUCCCUCACAGCAAUUAUCAUUAUUUCGCCAACCAUUAGGUCAACUUCUUCAAUUUCCAUUACCACAAGUACCACUUUUUGAUAGGUAUAAUGAAGCAAAUAUGAAAUCUGAAUUACCCCCUUUACCAGAAGAAUCAUUAAAAGGAUACUACGAUUCUGAUGGAAUGUUUGUUCCAAAUCAACCUAAAGAAAAAGAACAAAACAAAACACAAAUUUUAUUACCAAAAAAUCAGAUGGCAGCUGCAGCUACUUUUGUAUCAGUAAAUGAUAACAAUAAUAAUAAUAAUAAUAAUAAUAAUAAUGAAGAGGAUAUACCUGAAGAUAUCUUUCCUGAACCUUUAAAAAAAGAAGGUAAUAAUAAUCAAAGAGAUUCUAUUGAAAAAGAUUUUAUAAUAUCAAAAUCAAAUCUUUUUAUUGACGGUUUUGGAAGUGAAAAUAAUGAGGAUGAAGAAGCUGAAAAUGAUACAGAAUCAACAAAAAUAUCACAUAUAACACCAAGAAUUGUAGAAAAUCAUGGUGAUUUAUCUUUAUCAAAAUUUGUCCCAAAUAAUGUGGGUGAACAAAAUAAAAAAAACUUUGAGGGAUUUAAUAGAACAAGAGUUCCCCCAUCAACAAUUGAUGUAACAAUAGCUCCAAUUGGUUUAGAAAAACAAUUUCAAGAUUCAUUUAUGACAACAAUAAAAAGAAAAUUUACCAAAACAGGGGUAUCUCCAUUAACUCAACAAUUUGUCAGGACAACUUUAUCUCCAAAAUUAGUAUUACGAAAUCAAAUUAAAAAUACUCUACCACAAUAUAAAAAUUUUAAUACUGGAAAUGGAAUAGUACCAAAUUUUAGAAAACAUGCUUCUGAAUUGUUAAUACAAUCAAAUAAUAAUAUUCAUAAUAAUGCUUUUUUAAAAAAGAGGCCAUCUUCUCAAUCACAAUUUGAUUUACCAUUACCAGCUGUUAAUGAGAAAAAUAAUCAAAUUAAAAAAGAAAAUACUGUUUCUGAUAAAAGAACAGGUCUCAAUGAGCAACAAUUUAAUAAUAGAAUUUCAAAAAAAAUUCCUAAAAAUAAUAAUAUGAUAAAUGAAGAAUCUAUAAUGAUGAAACAUAAUGAAAGAAAAAAUCAUCUUACAAUACCACCAGUAUCUAAUCCAUCAAUACCAAAUGAAGAAAAUCCAAGUAAUAAUAUUAAGAAAAAAUCAAAAGUUCCAGGAAAAUUAAAUUUACCACAAUUAGUAUCAUUACCAUCACCAAUAAUUAAUAGAUUAGGAAAUGGUGAAGAACAAAAAAAAAAUAAUUUUGUUAGAAAUGGUUUUAUUACACAACAAAUUAAGAAUCGUACUCCUAAAACAGUUAUACGGACAUCGCAAAUAGAUGUAAGAAAUCCUACUGAUAGUAUGUUUACCAAUGAUUUAGAUUGGUUUGAUUGGGAAAUGUACCAAAAUGGUAGAAGUUUAGGAUUUAUACCUCCUAAUUUGAUUAAUAAUCCUAUAUUACCUAAACCAAUAGCAUCUAAUAUACCUGAUAAUAGAGGAAAAUUAUUACAACAACAACCACCAAUUGCAAUAAAACCUGGUACCUCUUUUAGUAGAUCAAAUUUAUGGGGAAAUGUUAACAAUCAACAACCAAGAGCUUCUGGAGCUCAGCAAUUACCUAUUCAAGUUCAGGCAGCACCUGAAGAUAUUCCUCCAGAUAGUGUUGUUUUAACUAAUCCACCACAAUUAGAAUUAAAUAUUCCAGGAUACACUAAACAGACACCACUUCCUGAAAUACCACAAACAAAUAUAAAUCAAUUAACAAAUGAAAAGUUGGUUCCAUUUGAGAAUACUAAUACAGGUCGUGUACCAGCAUCUCAGCUAACUACAGGAUUGCCUUAUCAAAAUAGUUACAAUAAUAAUUACAAUAAUAGAAAUUUUUAUAAUACAAAAAAUAAUAAUUAUAACAGGCAAUGGAAUAAUAAUAAUAAUAAUAACAAUUAUAAUAAAAAUUAUUACCAACAAUCUCAAAAUAAUCAACAACCAUUGUUUAAUUUAUUUAAUGUAAAUCCAUUUGCAGGUUUUAAUCUAUUUGGAUAG